AUGGCGGGGUCAACGACCUCUAACGUAAUUAAGUGCAAGUCGUGCAAUAUAGUUAUUUGUGAAGUUUUAGCUUUCAUACAGAACAAACAGAAUGUGAUGGACGCAGAAAGUCUUGUGCGGUUGUGUACAUCGGCUUUUUCUCAGAAGGAAAUAGAAGAUGCCAAGAGUUUACUUUUUGACUCGCUCUCAACUAAGGAGAAAAAGGUGUUAAGGAAGAAUGCUGGUAAAACUAUGCGCGAUCUCAACGACGUGAUUUCAAUAUUCAGAAAGACGGACCCCGAGGAGCUGCCGACAUUUGUGGCUAGGGAUUUGCACCGCUUGCCACCACUGACUUUCGAUCACAUAGAUUGUACCAGAAUAUUGAAAGAUAUUAUAAUACUCAAAAAUGAGAUCAGUAGUAUAAAGAACACAUAUGCAACAGAACAGCAGCUGAAUGACAUUAGAAACGAAUUGUUAAAUUUAAAGCAAGGCUCACUUAUGAACACCUACGAUUUGAAUGUUAACCGUAAACGGGGUGGAGGCGGUAUUAAGGAUAGCUUUUAUUUAAAUAGUGGUCCAUAUGGUCUACCCCCUUUUACGGAAAACGUUACGGUGGGUAGCAGCAGCACUCCGAACAGCAACGGACACACAGCUGAUAGGUGCGCGCCCGACACAUCGGCAAGUAGAAUGCUAUCUCCUUCACUCCAAAGGAAGUCGCAUACACCUGAGCGGCAAUCUAAUGUGAGCAGAGAAAAAGAGACGGCGAUAAACGAUGACGCGCUCAUGCAUACUGCGCGCGAGAAGGAGCGAGAAUCUGCACCCGCGGAGGGUGUAUGGCCCAAGUUACCGACGGCGACGGGAAUGUUGAACUCGGAGAAUCUCGAGGAAAAGGAAGUUACGUCAAAGGAGGAUUGGACAAAAGUAGUAAAAAAGUCUAGAAAAAGUCGUUUAAUAGUAUCCGAAGGAAAGGCGGCGAUUAAGGUAGAUGGAAAGUUUAAAGCCGUCGAAAGAAGCGUACCAUUAUUUAUAAAUAAAGUUGACAAGCAAACCACAGGCACUGAUAUUAUCGAAUAUAUCCGAGAAGAGACAGGCGUGGUUGUUGACCUAAAGACAUUGAUAUAG